GAGCUGUUUUGCAGAAGAAAUCAUUUUACAAUGGCUGAAGAGUGAGCUGUCUUGCAGAAGAAAUCAUUUUACAAUGGCUGAAGUGAAAUUUGACACAGCGGGCUCUGUAAAAGCCCAGUUUGAGGUGUAUCUGGCGUUGAAAGCCCGUAGAGAGCAGUUGGGGGAGGCGCUCAAGGAGAGAACUGAGGAGGUCAAGUGGCUCUGUAUAAAUGAAGGGGAGUUGACAGGCGUGUUGCCAGUAGACACGCCCCUUGCGUCGGGGGAGGAGCCCCCUCAGAUUCGACGCCGCGUCGACACAGACUCCUCCCUCAGCAAUGCUCAGCGUAUCGUAGGUACAAAGGUGUUUUGCGUGCCAUUGCAAAGCAUGGUCACAGCUGAGGAAAAGAUCCCUGCUUUUCUGGACCUCAUCAUCCGGCUUAUAGAGACGCAUGGCAUUCACACGGAGGGUAUCUACAGGAAGUCUGGGGCGGCGGCCAAGAUCAAGACUCUGAAAAUUGCUCUAGACUCUGGGGCAACAGAUAUCAAUGUGGAUGAAUUCCCUGUGCAUGUGUUGACUAGCACUCUAAAAACGUUCUUCCGUGAACUACCCGAACCAAUACUGACAUUUGACCUCUAUGAUGAGUUUAUACAGGCUUCCGAAAUAAAGGACGAGCGUGAGGCAAUUCAGGUGUUGUUCACGCUGACCCAGAAGUUGCCCAAAGUCAACCAGGAUGUACUUGAGCGCCUCAUAUUCCACCUUGCCCGCGUCAUUCAACAUGAGCAAAGUAACAAGAUGUCUGCCAACGGGAUUGCAAUCAUAUUCGCACCAUGUCUACUUCGCACUCAUAAAGACCAAGGGCUGCUGGAACAAAACAAUAAACAACAGCUGUGCAUCGAGAAAAUCUUGAACGAACAAGUAAGGAAGUAUAGGGAAACCCUACAAGAUAUUAAAAUAAUCGACCAAGCCAAGACUACUGCUGAAGAACGAUUGACCAAAGUUCGGCAGAGUAUUCGCGCAACUCAGUCUACGACAAAGUCAAUGUCAAAGAAGGACGUGGAGUCCCAGCCAUUGGAAGAGGACCCAGAGAGCCUUGAGGAACAAGAUAGAGUGAUAAGCUCUCACAUCAAGUCUAUCAGCAAAGAAAAGGAGGAGCUUACGUCUGGUCCGCCCAUGUUUGAGUAUCGACACAGCUCUGAUGGCGAUAUUGACGACAUCUACUCCACGGAAGACGCAGACCUUCAGUCGAAUGAUUCACCAUUUUACAGCCCAUGCACUCCAAUAUCGAUGGGUAAUGUGAAAGAGCGCGAUGCAAAAUAUUUUAAAUUUCUGGCCGAUCAAAUCAAAGGAAGACCCAACUGGACUUACAAUGCAUCAACAAUGAUCAUCACAGCCUUCCUGAUAAACCAAGAGGAAUAUGAGAUAUUAAAUGAUAUCCUUAUCCAGUUUUAUGGUCGUGUGAGCGCAAAAGUAACCUCCAAACGCCAGGUAUUAGCUGUACGGUCAAUUUUUGAAGACCAGAAAACAAGAGAACAAUUCGAAUUUGCACAUCCAUUAUUUUCAGAGAAUGAUGGAGACCAGCCUUUGUGCACAUUAUUUGCUUCGAACUUGGAUGAUUUAAAUAGGCUGCAAGAAUUAAUACAACUUCGUUAUGAGAGCUUUUGGUCUCCAGAAAUUAUAUCACCCAGGUAUCGGUUAACUGCUCAUCGUGAGCUAUUCGUGUGUAUUGGUGACAUCGUGAAAUACGAUGACAAAGACGCCGGUAUUGUGAAUCCUGUCAUUAUUUCACAAUACGGUGAGUUAGUAGGAAGGGGGAAAAUAUUUGAGACACUCAAAGAAGCAGGAGGUGUUGAAUACGUUUCAAAUUUAAGCGAAUUUGACCAUCAAGACGGAUCUUUUUGCGUGACUACAAAGGGCGGCCAGUUGGAUUCAUUAAUCAUACAUCCAACACGCAGGGUAUCGGAUGACCAGACAAAGAAGGAUUCUUUUAUGGCAAAUGUAAAAGACUGUCUUCAUGUGGCCCAAAAAUGCAAUCUAAAGAGAUUGGUUUUACCUCUAAUUUACUCAGGUGCCGGUGGAGUAAGUUUGAAAGAAUGUGCAUUCCUGUAUGCUUGUGCAAUUUAUGAAUUCUGUCGGGAAACCCGUAACACUAAUCUAGGGUCAAACGAAAUAUACUUCGUCGAGCAUAACAAACAGAAAGCCCAAUCCCUAAUAAGAUUUUUCAACGUUAUGUUUCCAACAUCACAAACGCAGCAUAUGUUUAUUCCAAACGAGUAUGCUCGCGUGGACUUGCUGGCUGGCCAUGCGUACGAUAAUCAGCCCCGUCUCCCCAAAGUAACUGUGAACAACGAUCAUGAGCCCAGUGAACUACGUGUGAAAGACGAAACUGCGAAGACGCGAUUCGACAACUUUAAACUAAGCGUGGAAGAAGAAACUGAAAAUGCAGGUAGAAAAUCGACGGAGGUUGGCAAAGAUCAACGCUUGUUUGAAAGAAGUAAAACUAAGCUUGUAAUAAAAAAUGCUGAUAUUCGAGAAGAAGUAGUUGAUGUGAUCGUAUGUCCGGAAUAUAAAACUGAUGAAUUUAAAGGUUUCAUUCCGAACGGGAUAAGGUUUAGAUUUGGUAUUGAAAGAGAGUCAAUUGAAGAAAAGGUCUUCCAAACAAGGAGGAUAGCAUCAUCGCGUAUUCCUGUUGGCGAAAACAGGAAAGAGUUGACGUAUGUCUACCAUGUCAAGGCAUCUUUGUUUCAAUGUGGGGAAUAUCCAAUUUCAAGAAAUUCCGAAGACAAUCUUCGACAGACUGUCGAGAAAGUGUUCGAUAAGCUUCAUCGUCUAAAGCACAAUAUAAAAUCCAUAGCCUUCCCCUUAAUUGGUUCUAUUGAUGUUGCUGACAAGGAUCUGGUGAAGUUGAUUUGCAGUCAUUUUAUCAAUGCCAUUUUUACGUGUUGCGACAAACGGUGUGACCCUGGCGAAUUGGAAGUAGUCAUCGUUCAUCCAUGCGCAACCAUCACGCGUUGGCUCCAGGAAUCCCUGCAUAAGAAAUGGAACGCUGGCUGUAGCUAGACUCGUGAACAACUGUUUUUUAUGUUUACAAUUGAAUAGCCAAAGUAAUAAAUGUAAUGAGCUGUAUGCUUAUUAGUCGGCAUAAAUUAUAUCGUAUUACCUUUCCAUGGGCUAAUUUUAGGGCCGUAAUCCAUAAUGGUUUUGAUCCAAAUGUAAUGGAAAAGAAACGCGAACUUAACAACAUUUGUCGUAAUUGUAAUCAUUACAAUCAGUCCUUAAUCAUGAAUAAUGUUGAUAUGAAUACAACUUUAAUUACUAUUGAAAGUUUGGUGUUUUUCAUGACCUCAUGAAAAAUUUUGCCUUAAUAUUCAAACUGCUGUAGUUAUUUUUGAUAUUAUGUUUCAAUCGAAUGGUAAAAAUACUUACUUUUACAAAUGUCGACAUGUACGCUGAUCUGAUAUCAAAUUGAAUGGUAUAUUCAUUCGAACCUGCAUUAGGCUGCUGUUUAAAAACAAUAAGCUUUUUGGAGAUUGUUUGAACAUUUUUAUGAAAUUUUUAUUCGUAUAUUCAGGUUAUUAGAAAGUAUUUUGCAGUUCUUUUGCGAUUGAUAGAUAGAAGAGUUUAUUUUAUGAUAAGAUAUAUCUUUAUUUCGAUUAAAAAUGUACAUACUCAGAUCUAGGAUUUACUUAUUUAUUUAUUUCAUUUCGUCGAUCUUAGGACUUUUCUGGUGAAUAGUUAAGCAUCCGUAAAGAAAUUAUACUGUAGUGAUUUUUAAUUUGAAUUAUAAUGUCGUAGUUGUAUUUGUAUUUGGGUACUUUUGUUUGAAUUAUGUCUGGUUAAGUGUGAAGAACUGUGCGCUUUCAAACUUUUGUUAGCCCUGAAUGCAUUUACUGGGCCGUUUUCUGAUCGUUUUACCCAAUUGAAAUCAUACUUUCAUUUAGUAUAGUCUUGUAUGUGUUGUCAUGAAUUAUAUAAACAGUUGCGUGAAUAAAAGACAAGCGGAUGUGAACAAAAAUUUUCUUCCUGAAAAUGUAUAUAGAUUUUUUUACCGUAAGAAUGUUCUUUAAUUUAGGUAACCAAUGUUUUCCGCAAAACACGUUGAUAUUGACUACAUUAUUUUGGCUAUGUACACAAAAGGGCUUAAUGAAUUGGUAUUUGUAAUAACAUUGUUUUAUUAGCUGUCUUUAAACAAGAACAAAUAUUGCAGUCGAUUUAGCAGCUCAAAAAAACAUCAACAGUAAAAAACACUACACCAAUCUUUUAAAAGAUCAUUAUUGGACAGUCAAAAUACAAAUCUUAAUCAAUACUUUAUAAUUAACGGCAUUAUACAUGAGUUAAUUCUGUAAACAGUAUUUGUCUCUCAACAGUUUUUAGAUAUAGAAGAAAAUAAUUCAAUUAAGACUCAACAAACGAAACACUUCAUUCUUAAUUCGAAGAAAAUAUCUGAUAAGUGCUACCUCGAUUGUUGACAAGUUGGGCAUUGUUAUUGUAGAUAUUGUUUCCGUUUAUUUGUUGAAAACAAUCAUUCCGUGUAUUUGUACAAGUAUUAAUUUCUUCCUGGAAGGAAAAUCAAUUAGUACAGCUCACGAGCAGCAUGUUGCUGAAUAUUGACACUAAAGGAACAUCGUUUGUUAUAAUGCGAUUGAUCUGAAAAAAAAACAACAACAUGCGAACCUGCAGUUUGUUAUGCGAUUUUUACUUGCAAUAUGUAAAUUAUUGUGGUGGGUUAGAUGGGGCAUGUGCCUCCGUUUUGAUUUAUCGACUCAUAAUUUGACAUAAUAUCCGCUUUUCGAAUACAACUAAACAUCUCAGAAACUACUUUAUAAGUUUUUAAUCAGUUUUAUUUUUACUUGAUAAGCUUAUAUUGCUAGAAACUACUCUUUUUUUAAAAGAAAUGAGUUUCAUUCAGUUGCAUAGACACAGAAUGACACGUGCAAGUACGAAGCGUCCAUUAAAAAUGGGUUUUUUCUUUUUCUUUCUCGCAAGCCUUUACUGGGUUCAAAACAAGUCGAUAUGCUUGUUGUUUGGCCUAGAAUCUUCUAGUUAUUGAACAAUGCAAAACGGCCUAACUCGGCUCAUAUUAAAUAUAUACAUUUCUUCUCUCUAUCGAAGUUAAAUUUGUAUUUUAAGUUUUAUUUGAAUUAUUUUGUCAACGUAAUUUAUUUCUAUACAUUUUAAAGAUCAGCGUGAAAGUUUAUGCCUAGCAUGUUCAAACGUUUGUUAGUUCCAACUUACGUUUAAUCUUUUUUUAAUGCUUUCGAAGCUAAACGUAUGUUUUCCUAUCCAAACUACUUUUUUCGAUGUUAACUAUACACGCCUGAGUAGUGUGUUACGUUUGACAAUACAUCAUGAUUUUCUUUAAGAUAUAUUUUGCAGAGACAUCCAAGGGUAAAGAAGUGUCGUCGGUAAAUUUUGAAAAUGCGUAUUCUAUUUCAUAGAUUGUGAUGUCAUUUAUUGAAGGAUAUGACCUUAUUUUAAUAGAUAAGAUUUAAGCGCACAGUAUGAACAUGUAGCCACUGAGUGAAUUUCAUUUGUACUUCAAACACAAUCAGAAAAUACCCGCAGUGCGUUACUGUCGAUACACCGUCUUAAUACAAUACAGUAAACCACUGUGUUAUGUCAAGACCUAAAAUAAAUCCAUGAUUGAGUCUGAUAAAUAAAUUCCAAUGACACAGAGUCAAAGGCCUUUUCGAUAUCUAUUAGAAGCAGCAAACCUCGUUUUCAUCUGGGUUAUUAAGUGUAUGGUAAAUGAGUCUGGUGGUCUUUCUUAUGAACAUACACUUAGUGAAUCAAGUUUAGUAAUUGCUAAUAAUUGGUCUAUAUUACACCUUCAACCUGUUUGCAUUCAUCCAGAAUAAAUUUUAUAAACAGUAUUGUUUAUGUUAUUUGUCGGCAGUUCUGUAAGUAGGUCUCUUCUUGGAAUGCAUGUAUUUAUACAAUGUCUUUGAGUUACGCAUACAUUUCUACUUAAAACAGCAUGCUUGAGAGCUAUGCAAACAAGGGUUCCUCAUUGUGCAUAAAAAACCUUUAAAACUCAGCUGUAAAGCCGGAAGAAUUUGGGCGUAUAUUUUUGCCAUGUUUAUUUUAAACAGUGGUAGCCUAUAUUUAUGUGAUUGGAACUUGAAUCUCCAUCAUUAAUAGGACAAGGCAUUUGCUUUUAAAAUAUAAAAUCGAUUAUCCAAUACAACUCCGUUUUCAUUAAUAAAUUUGGUCAUACUUUUUGUCCUAACAUUGUUUGUGUCAAGGAAACAAAAACUUUCUAUCGUAAGCCAAUUCAUCUCUGGACCUUAUAACGGAACAUUUUAAUUGAUAAGCAUGUAUGUUUUAAUACUGCUUUUAAAAUAUUAACAUUUGAAACGUUUUCAUCUGUGAGACAUUUUGUUCCAUGUAUUCGAGUUUAAGCUUCGGUGCACGAUUGUUAGUCGAUUUUGUCGUAUAGGAACUGUAAGAUAUAGCUUUGCCCUUUAUCUUAUUAAGUUAAAUAUCGAAUAUACUUGAAAUGUAUGCCUUAAUAUUUUACUUCGGACAAUAUAUCAAUAUUAUGAACGGGGACCAUUUACUGUUGCCUUCAUUUUGAUAUUUUUUAUUAAUAAUUUUUAAGUAGUCGAGUUCACUUAAGAGACCAUAUCUAUGCUACCAUAGCCCUUUGCCAUGGUUCAAGUUAGUAAAUUGCAAAUACAUUUGUACAAUUGAAUGCUCGGGAGAAUGAGUAACUUAGAACGUAGCUUCACUAUGUUUUUCUGCUUCCAAGUAAAGAGACCGCCAUACCCGCUGGAAUAUUGUUUUUCAACACACCAGAUUUAUUUGCAAACUUUCCAGGAUAUUAUAAGCACAAAUGUUCUGAGCAAGGUUAAUAAAGAUCGGACACAAAGUGGAAUACUAGUUUGUUAUAAAUGUAAGAACACAUGUAGGAAACUACUAAUAUCAUUUUUUAUUUAGUUACAUAGAAAUUUACCAAGAAUUACACAGAUUUUAUACUUGUCAUACUCAGACGAAAACUGCACUGUU